UUAUUCUCAUCUCUACCACAACCUCUUCAUCCCUCACAGCAGCUUGCGAACGACCUCCGCAUCUCCGCAUCGGCGGAUUCAACGAGACCAACAACCCGCCCGAUCCUCCCCCCACGCACACCAAAUAAUUCUCGGAAUAUGGAGACAAUAAGUAGGCUGCCGCGGCGCCUUACCCAGCUCUACUCAGACACAAAAGCCUCGUGCGAUGCCGUGGUGGAGCAAGACACGCCCGGCUCGCAACCUGAAAUCAACACUCUACACCGCAAGUACCGCAUACAAAAGGAUCGCUUAAUCGCUUGGGGGCUGGAGUGGAGCGACAGUACAAAAGGCAAUCACGAGGACAUUGACGAGGGCGUCGAGCGCGCGGGGCUGACCGAGACGGUGACUUCGGUGCUAGGCACCAUCAAAGACAUCUUGGACGAAGCCGAGCGAAUGCACCCGCCCGCCGUGCCCACAGGAACAGGUCCCAAAGUCGCCCUGCCCUCCGCGUUCUCGUGGGCCUUGGCUGAUCGGUCACGGUACGAGGACCUGGCCAAGGAUCUCACCACAUCCAUCGACAUCCUCUACGACUUGUCUAGGGCACGCCGCACACAGCGUGAGGGCACCGCUGCUCACACCGGCACUCGUGGUCCAAGUCCCUUACCAGGAAGGAAGACGGCUUCUGAAUCAAAAGUACCCACUGCCCCCGUAUUCAUGUCUUCCCAGUACAGUGCCUCCGACAUCACCCUCAUCAAUCCCGCCACCAUACCCGCCAGCCUCGACCUUUCACAUAGCCUUGCUGGCCCCGAUCUUCCUCCUCGUCUUGAUCCCUCGGAUUUGAUCAUACCCGAAGAGGAACCCCCGCCUUACGAGAGUGUUGGCAAGUCUUCCAUCCGCGUUAUUGGCAAACUACGCACCAGACAUAGUUCUACCAACCCCUGGAAGACAGACGGUGGAAAGACUACCGAAACUCCUGUGCUCGUCGAGUAUGCGACAUACGACGCAGGAUAUCGUCUCACGCAAGUCCCACCUCCUACUGAUCGCCUCGAGACUCUCUUGUCAAUCUUGGCAAAACUAGCAAACGACCAAACCUUUCACGGCACACUCACCUGCCGAGGAUACUUUGAAGAUCCUGCCCAACCUCGAUUCGGAUUUGUCUUCGAGCUCCCGUCCUUUGUCUACUCUGGUAUCUCUGAUGCUCAGAAAUCAGAAGAGGAGCUACGCCCCGUAACGCUCCUGAGUGCCCUUCAGACCGGCUCCAAAACGCUUCACAACCCUAACAGCAUAACCCCACCCCUCGAAGACCGAUUCCGGCUUGCCUUCACGCUCGGCACAACCUUCAGCAAAAUCCAUGGCGAUAACUUCGUGCAUAAAGACGUGAAUAGUAGCAACAUACUCAUGUUCAGGAAGAACAAGCGCCAGUCGGCCAACUCCAGGGCACUGCAGUUUGCCCUGCGGUCACCCGUUAUUUGCUCUUUCGAUCUCUUCUCCGAAUACGACAUCGAACCCACAAACACGAUGCCUCCACUGAAUAUUUACCGACAUCCUGAGGAUCCAAAGUUUACAGGGGACAAGAGCAAGCAAUACGGUCCCCAAUUUGACCUCUACAGUCUUGGCUUGGUGCUCCUCGAGGUUGGACUGUGGCAGCCGCUUUCCGAUCUGUGGAAACCCAAAUACACGCUUGCCGACUUCAAGCAGCGCGUCGAAGAUGUCUACAUCCGACGCUUGGCCUCCAAGUGUGGCACUGCCUAUAUGCAAGUCGUGCGCGAUUGUUUUUGGGCCGUAGAUCGGAUUGCCUCGGGUGCGGAAAGUCUGCAGAACUUUCCGCAAUUGUACAACCGGAUCAUCAUCAGACUGCAGCGGUGCUGUCUGCUUGAUGAGGUGGAUCCUGGGUUCGAAUGGGGAGAGCUUAGUAACGCGCCGACGUAUACCGCUAGCUCUCCACCACUGAAGCGCAAGACGGCUCCUGGCCAGCAGACAGCAGAGGCUGCUUUGAACCCAACAUACCGAAACGCGAAGAGGUGGGCGCUGGAGAAGGGUUCCAUUGCCCUUGAGCGCACACGAUCACUUUCCAAACAGUCACCGAAGGGCUCUCCGAAUUUGUCUCGUCAUCCCUCGCGUGGCUCGCGGGACGCUAUCCGUAAAUCUUUAUCGCAGCUCAUCAGUCCAAAAGAAGGGCCACAAGAAAUGGACUGGCAGGUGAAAAAUCCAUUGGAGGAAUCGGGCACUCUGAUUGACACACCUCCGGAUUCGCAAGAAGCGUAUCCUGUUACACGGAGCGUUGCUGACCGUCCAUCGAAAGUCGAGUUCCAUAUCGAUCCACCAAAGUCAAUGUCGCUUAAGGAUUACAAAGACAAAAUCAUUCUCCUCCAGAAAGUGUGGAGACAAAGAAAGCAGAACCGCACCAACACCAUUGAAGCGCUCAUCACCGACGGCAUACGUCAUUGGCCACAAGCAGCCAUCGGAUACCCAACACAGGAAUCGGAGAAGCCUAAGCAAUACGACACCCAUUCUGUCCAGAUUCAAAGACACAUGGAUGAGAGUAGCAGUCCGAAACGCUCAUCGCUAGAGAUCAAUACGAACGUUGAGCCUGCAACACGCCCUAAGCUCCGUCUUCACCCAAUCCAGUUCUCCCCAGCCAUCCUAGAUGAGUGGCAUACGCAAAUGCUUCCACGAUUGGAACGUCUGAUAGAGCGUGCCCUCAAAGAGUCGGAUGAGACUGUCAGCAUCGAUCUUGUUGCCAUGGGUGUCACACAAGACAAAGCUCGUCCUACUAUAUUUGUGACUUGUAGCAGUGUGCAGAAGGUUAAGGCUGUUCUGCAUCGGAGAUUCAAAUACAACCCCGAGGCGUUUGAUCUUCGAGUUCGCCUGGGGAAAAUUCGCCGUUCAAAGCUCAAUCGCUCUACUCGAAGAAGGAGGAUGCCACACCGCUCAAUGAUGAACACCGACAGUUUCGGUGACAUGCAUGUGAUGAACCCUUAUCACCAGCAACGUCCUGUCUGCGGAGCUUCCAUCGGGGCGUUUCGCGGCGAGCACCUUCCCCCAGUGUCGUAUGGAGGCGUGAUUCUCGUUGACGACGAACCUUUGGGCAUGAGCGUGCACCAUCUUCUAGACGCGCCAUCUGACGAUGAGAGUGACGCCGGCGACGAGAGCCCGGCUCCUGUGCUUUCCAGCGCGUACAGCAACAACCCUUGGCUUAUGGAAAUGGGUGCCCAGCCCGGUGUUCAAAUUGCAUCAAACUCUCCCAUGCCCCUUUGGGACCUCGAAAUUUCCGACGAUGAAGCAUACAAGAGCGAUGAUGGCUACGACUCGUACAACUUUUCUUCCGAUUCCGAAUUUGAUUCGGAUGAGGAGUCAGACAGUAACGAUGAUCUGGCUGAUUCAUAUGCCUCUCGAGUUACAGCGGGAGACAUUGACGGUAUCGAUGUGGGCGACGGGGAAGAGAUUCGCAUCACGCAACCCGCUAUUGACGAUGUCGACGACGACUUCUUUCCUAGCGAGGAAGAUCGAGACGACGAUCACCUUUCUUCUCACGAACUAGGUCAUGUGCACGCUUCGUCGGGGAUCCGUCGAUGGAAGAAAGACGGCAUUGUCCAUGAGAUCGACUGGGCAUUGCUCAAAAUCGGCGACGAACGCUUACAACCUUACAAUCUCGUUCAAGGGGGCCGCCGAUUCUGUAUCAAUCGGAAAAUUGAGCACGACCAGCGCGAGAUCUCGACGAAGCUUGAACAACCUGUGAAUCGGCGCCAUUAUAAACCCGAUGAGGACGAGUAUCCAAAUGGUGUGGUUCGCGCUAGUAGCCUAGGUGGCCUCAACGUGCACUGCUUUGGUCGAACCACUGGCCUGCAGGGUGGCAUGGUUGGACCUGCUAUGAGCUCGGUGCGAAUCUACCGUCGCAAAUCAUUCUCGAGAAGCUGGCACGUUGCCGGUGGUUUCGGAGUCGGUGGCGACUCUGGCGCCUGGGUAGUGCAGAACGGCACUCACCAGGUAGUCGGUCAUGUGCUCGCAUGGUGCGAGCGCAACAAGAUUGCGUAUAUCUGCCCCAUGGAAGUCCUCCUCGAGGACAUCAAGCGCACACUCGGCGCUAAACGCAUUUACCUCCCCGGCUCCCCCGAAGAAUCCAAACACCUCGCCAAAAUCGCCAAAAAAGCCGCCGUCACCAGCUGCGAGAAAGAAGACAGCGGCGUCGACGAGCUCGAGGCUGCAGUCGACGGUCUCGGGAUCACAGAUGCAGCACCCGGACCUUCCACGGUUAUUAAUGGUGCCGCUGUCGGUGGUCGCGUGUUGAGCCCUGCCACGCAGCAUCCAUCGACGCAGCAACAGUCUGCGGCGAAGAGAAGCAGGCUGGCGUUGCCGAUGCUCAACACGGGCGCGAAUAAGGCGGAGAAGAAAGAGAACGGAUUACCUGUCAUCAAGACUCGGGUUGUCCAGGUUGGUGGUGGUGCUGGGGAGAUGGCUGUCGGUGUGCCGUCGGCUUGA